AUGGACCUCGUACUCCACCUCGCAGACGAAUACUUUCUCGACGCCGUCUACGCGCGCUUAGUGCCCGCUUCGGCCUUUGUCGGAGAUGCGUUCAGCGCCAACGCGACUCGCGCCCUGCCCUUCGCAAUGUCUGGGCUAUCAAAAUGGGAGAACGUCGUAUCAUAUCUGCCGCACCCACCGUUGUCUGAUGUGCUGGGUUCCAAUAUCUCUGCCGCCGCAACCUACGCCGCACCCAUGGCAUCUGCAUGGCCUCGAGACUACAUUCCUCGGCAGCUCAUCUCGCUUACCGGUCUUACCCUCACCGGCGUCCACCUGCUCUACUUCAUCUUCGCCAGCCUGUCGUACUACUUUAUCUUCAACCACGACAUGAUGAAGCACCCUCGCUUCCUCAAGAACCAAGUCCGCCUGGAGAUCGAGAGCUCAUUGCGCGCAUUCCCGCUCAUGAUGCUGCUCACUCUGCCUUGGUUCCAAGCUGAGGUCAUGGGAUAUUCGAAGUUGUAUGACGACCCGGCAGAAUACGGCUACACGUACUUGGUGUUCUCUUCCCUCUUGUUCCUGCUCUUUACCGACUACAUGGUGUAUUGGAUUCACCGGCUGGAGCACCAUCCUUCAGUGUACAAGUACAUCCACAAGCCGCACCACAAAUGGCUUAUCCCUACGCCGUACUCCGCUUACGCGUUCCACCCACUUGACGGCUAUGUGCAGUCCUUGCCGUAUCACAUCUUCAUCUUCUUGCUUCCGCUGCAUCGCUGGUUGUACCUCGGCCUCUUCGUCUUCGUCAACUUCUGGACGAUCCUCAUUCAUGACUCCGAUAUGAUUACCGGACAUCCCUUAGAAACUGUGAUCAAUGGGCCAGCACAUCAUACGCUGCAUCACCUGUACUUUACUGUAAAUUAUGGCCAAUACUUCACCUGGGCGGACAAGUGGGGCGGCUCGUACCGUCAACCCGAUGCUGCGCUGGACCCCAUGAACGACGUCUUGAAGGUCAAGGCCAAGGAGGGCAAGCAAGAGUAG